AGGAGGAGGCAGAGCAGCAGCUACACAGCAUUCUCAGCGACAUCAUCAAGCUACCAACCAAAACAGGCGCUUCAGCGAGACAGAGAGAGAAUAUAAUUUUAUUCCUGUCAUCCAUUUUUUGUUUUUUGUUUUUUUUUAUCUCACGCUAUGUACUGCAUCACUCUACACUACGGUGUUGUAAUCUCAUAGCCAGACAGAGACAGUCCGUGAUGUAGACAGAUACACAGACGGAGAAUGACAGCGAGACUAGAGGAGAAGCUGUGAGAAAAGGAACCAUAACAACAGAGAGAGUGAGAAACAACGAGACUGGGAGAGAGAGAGAGAGAGAGAGAGAGAGAGAGAGAGAGAGAGAGAGAGAGAGAGAGAGAAGGAUUAACAGGACAGAGAAAGAGAGAGACAGAUAAAACAAGGAUGCUGUUGCCUGAAUGAAAGAAGGAAUCGGACAGUCCUAAAUCUCUCCUCCGGAUGCGAGCGUCCGCUCCUCUCCUCCACCGCAGUGCAGCAAGGUAAAACACACCACGGAUCUCAUCGACUGCUACACGCUCACAGUCCCCGACACACUCUCCUUCUGGCCCAGAAAGAGGAGUAAGGGGAGGAGGGGGUAACAGCUGGAUGUGGAGGGUGUUGGGGGAGCAUCAGGAGCAGGAGGACAGGGGGGCAUACCUAGCAGUGGAGGAGAAUGGGAGCUGAGCAGUCCCUGGAAGAUGGACAGGCCCCCAGUCUAACCAAGGAGCACACAGAGAACAUGAGCUCAGACUCUGACGGAGCGUUCGAGACACCGGAGUCGACCACCCCUGUCAAGUCCCCCACUGGAGAGACAGACCAUCAUACCCAGCUGCUGACCUCGGAAGACACCGGUCUUGGCUGUGACUCUGAGGCAGACGGUGAACCCGGGUCAGAGGCUAAAGGUCACCAUGGUAGCUCCCUGUCCAUAGUCUUUGACGAGGACAAGCCCAUAGCUGCUAGCGGAGCCUAUAACUUAGACCAGCUCAUUGCUGCUGCUGCUGCUGCUGCAGAGGCCCAGAGCCGAUCAACUCUAACCCGCUCUCUGAGCCUUCAGGCUGGGGAGCUAGACGGCUCUGGCCCCCUAGACAGCGUAGGAUCCUCCCUCUCAAUCGGAGACUCCCGUCCCUUGGCUGAGGCCUUUAGUAUCGACGGUGGUACUGAGAGUGCUCCAGGGACCCUCCGCAGACCAUCCAAGAAGGGGCCUCUCCGCCCUGGUGGCUCCCUGAAAAAGAAGCCUCUCCUCAGGCAGAGCUCUAACCCAGAGAGCCCCCAACCUCCAUCCUCUGGUAUCACACCGGAGCUGAAAAAGAGCCACAGAGCAGCUAGCCCCCUAUUGGGCCCCGAGGACCAGGAAGUAGGAGGAGCCACAACAGACUCCGGCCCUGCCUCGGCCACGCCCAGUCCAGGAGGCACACUCCGCAGAACCAGGAAACCACGCGUGGAAAGCCCCGCCCCUCUCAUUGAAGAGACCAAUCACACUAGCCCAGAGACAGAUAACCAACCAGUCCCAACCCCUACUCCUGUUCCGACCCUGGCCAUUUCCAUACCCCUCCGACAGGAGGAUACCCCCAUCCCAGUGCCGGAGGCACAUCUCCCAGCCAGCGAGGGCUCCUCUCCCAUCCCCCCUAGUGGGGCCUACAAAUGGGACCCAGACAACUUUGAGGACAUCGACCCAUUCAACACCGGAGGUAGUAAAGUUGCUAACUCUCCCCCGUUGGGAAGGAAAGGAGUCGCUAACUCUCCCCCGUUGGGAAGGAAAGGAGUCGCUAACUCUCCCCCGUUGGGAAGGAAAGAAGUCACUGCGUCCAUUGCUCACAAAACUGUCACCCCUGUGUCUAACCCCCCUCCUGUCUCUACUGAGGAACCAGCUCGUCCCUCUACCAGCCCCCCUAUUCGCACCUCAGGGGCGGUCAGACUGGAGUUUGACUAUUCUGAGGAGACCCUCGAGGAGCCUCCUAAGGCCUCUCCACCUCCCAAGAAGCUGGGCAGGAAGCCAGGCUCCAAGAUGCCUCUAAGGAAGCCCAGGAUGGGCCUGAAGAAGGCUGUCCAGCCGCAAUCGGAGCCCCUAGACAACACCCCCGCUACUGUCCCCAGUGAUGACAUUCCUAUCCAUAAGGCUUCCUAUAACUUUGACCCCGCCCAGUGGGACGACCCUAAUUUCAACCCGUUCGGCUCGAACAGCGAGAUCCCCGUCUCUCCCAAACUGAACAAACCCUCCCAUCGAUUCGACUCUGACACCUUUGACGAGUCUGCUGCCUUCAAGUCCUCCUCCAAUAGCAUGGUUGCGUCUACGCCCACGGCUGCCUCAGGCUCCGCCUCCUUUGAGGUGUCGGCCAAUGACAAUGAGGUUGAUAAUGAUAACGAUAAUGUCGGUGAGCUGGAGGACCACAACCAGAACAAACCAUCCAAAACGAAGAAGAAACCUAUCAAAUCUAACACUUUCAGAGUCAAGAGGUCCCCAAAGAGGUCUACAAUGUCUGAUCCAUCAUCACAAGAGCCCACCCCAGUAGAUGAAGUCCAGCCUCCUAUCCCCCCGCUACAGGACGACCAUGCCACAGACGAGGAGAAGCUGGCCUCUUCCUCCAAUCACAAAGAGAAGCUUGCUUCCUCAGCCAAUCACAAGUGGGCAUCCAUGGAGGCUGACCUAACCUCUGACCCCCAGGAGGACUUCCCGCAGCCAUCUGACCUCACAGCCUUCGUCAACGAGAACAAUCGAGUGCCAGACUAUGAGAUUGAGUACAUGGAGAAGAUCGGCCCACCAUCGCCGACUCUGUUUGUAAAGAAACCUUCUACUCUCUACCUGAAGCUGGACUCUGUGACAGACAGCCUGACCAAGCCUAACCAUGGAUCAGAACUCAACUCUCCCUGCACAGGGUACAACACACUGGGGAGUUUUGAGGAGAUAGAGGCCCAGAUCACAGCCCAGAUGAAGACUCCUGUGCUGGGCUCCAGACCCGGUCCAGAAGGGUCUCGACCCGGUCUGGAGGGGUCCACUGGAGAGAAAGAGAAGACCAGGAAGAGAGAGAGCCAGUCACUCAGCCGGACACAGAGCACAGACAUUGAGCAUGGAGCGAAACCCACCCAGGGCUCUAUGGAGGUCCAAGGUCCAGCCCCUGGCCCAUCCCCAGACGCACCCUUCUUAGCCAGGCUGUCUGAGUGCCCUGACCCCCUAGCCUACCUGGAGGCUGUGGAGACUGACCUGGCAGAGACCAACCCCACUGCCUUCGCCCUCAAACUACAGGAGGAACUGGUUCUAGCUGCUCUGAGGAUAGAGGCUCUUCAGGUAGCCAAAUACAUCUCAGACAGCCCCUCCCUCUCCACUGUAACCCCCCAGCAGAGAGACAGAGAAGUGAUGUCAUCAACACUGGACAGGGACAGCACGGAUACCAAGAGUUCUCUCUACACCCGGACAGCGGGCUACGGAGAGGAGGAGAGAGAGAGCCCCUACCCACCCAAAGACAUGGAGCACUCCCUGGGCAUCGCACGAGAAGAGAUCGUGUCCAAGGAGAAGGAGGUACUGGAGUGGCAAAGGAAGUACGAGGACAGUCGACAGGAAGUGCUGGAGAUGAGGAGAAUCGUGGCAGAGUAUGAGAAGACCAUUGCACAGAUGAUUGGGCUGCCAGACGAUGAGCAGAAGGAUAAGUCUCUGUCUCACCACACCAUCCAGCAGCUGGUCGUAGAGAAGGACCAGGCUCUUUCAGACCUCAACUCAGUAGAGAAGAGUCUGGCUGAACUGUUCAGACGAUACGAGAAGCUGAAGGAUGUCCUCGAGGGCUACCGUAAGAAUGAGGAGGUGUUGAAGAAGUGUGCUCAGGAGUACCUGUCCAGGGUCCGUAAGGAGGAACAACGUUACCAGGCCCUGAAGAUCCAUGCCGAGGAGAAACUAGACAAGGCGAACUCUGACAUCGCCCAGGUGAGGAUGAAGUCCCGUCAGGAGACAGCAGCGUACCAGGCCUCUCUCAGGAAGGAGACCAUGAAAGUGGACUCACUGGAGAGAACUCUUGAGCAGAAGAACAAAGAGAUCGAAGAACUGACCAAGAUCUGUGACGAGCUGAUCGCCAAGAUGGGAAAGAGCUAGCAACGCUGAACACGUCCAGCCCAUGUCUCCAGGGCCUGAGGGGAAGGAGUGGUAGAAGAAUAGAAGAAAGAUAAAGAGAGAAGACGUGGUUUUCUCUUUUACGUCCAAACCUUGACUUGGACUGAUGGGCAGCUGAACAGAUGGACAGUUGAAGCCAAAGUGGUCUCUGGAUGUAAUACACUACUGACUGACUAUGUACAUGUAUCUACUGGCAACAGCACCCCCAGAGUAUUGGAGGGUCAAUGGGUUUCACCCAGUACAUUUUGAUGUGCCGAUGUGUACCACAUGUCCUGUAUCAGGGAUCCGGUGAACGAGUGUUUAGAAAUGUGCUCUAUAUCAUAAAUGAGAGAGAGUGUGGGGUAUGUGUGUGUGUGUGUGUGUGUGUGGUGUGUGGUGUGUGGUGGGUGUGGGUGGGUGUGUGGUGUGUACAAGUGUACAACUCAGUCUCAUGAGCUUACAUGUAAAUCAUGAGACUGUGUUGGAGUUCAUAUGUACACAUUUACAGUUUGUAUACAUGUUGUGGUGUGUUUGUGGUGUGUGUGGUGCGAGUGUGAAAGCGUGUGCGUGAUAGAGAGAAAGGUGAGUGCAUUGAUUGAUUGAAGAUAGACUGAUAUGCGAUGUGGUUGCCAUGACAGCAAACGAUGGGGAAAUACUGUUCUCUCUUCCAACUCCUGCUGUGUCUUCAAUCCUCAACACUAGAGAGUGAAACACAGAUGAAAAGAAAACCAUAUAUAUAUAUAUAUAUAUAUAUAUAUAGAAUAAAUCAAUGAAUCGUUCAGUUAAUAAGAAAUAUACUUGAUCACAGAGAACUGCAUGUGGAAGUAGCAAAAUAUAAACGUCCUUUUUUUUGUAAGUAGGAAGUUGUGCUGAUGAUUAUAAUAGAGAUAUAUCUGCAUUUUGAUACAAUAUUGUGUUUAAAUGGCUUCCCUUGAUCGUGUUAUCGUGCAGAUACUUUGUGAGGCGUAAUUUAUGUCAUAUUUUUUCUUGAAGAAAAAAAAAACGUGUGAUGGGAUUUUAUUUUUUUUAUUUUAUUUUAAUAUUAAUGACGAUGAACAGUAAUUGUUCCUGUAACAAUCAGGUGUUGGUACUGAGGGUAGGUAAGUAAUUACAUUUUGGAUCUCUAUGUCACAGGCCUGUUAUAAUUGAUGUGUUCACAAGGUGGAAGCAAUUGAAAAAAGAGCUCUGCACUGCUACUCGUCUGGGUUCAAAUGUUGAGUGUUUGUUCUGGCCUAGAGUGCCAAAUGGGUGGAGUUUGCAGUUUUGGGACUAUUUUAUUAAUCUGUUAAAACCUGGCGAGAUCAAUCAAGCACAGAUAAAGUAAUUGAAUUGAUUUCUAAUAGUAUUUGAACCCAGGUCUGCACAGCUAUAGUGUACAGCAUCUGAAACGUGAAAUAAAGGAUGACAAUAGAAACAUGGGAUGUGGCUUCUUUGAAAAAACAAACAAACAACAAACACCUUCAAGUGAUUAGGCCAGCGUUUCCCAACCUAGGGGUCGCAACACCAUGUGGGGGUCGCCUGAUUUGAAAAUGGAGUCCCAGGAGAAAAAUGAAAAUUGCACACACACACACACACACACACACACACACACACACACACACACACACACACACACACACACACACACACACACACACACACACACACACACACACACACACACACACACACACACACACACCUAGGAUUCUCAGUGCUGUGGGAAUGACAGAAACGGUCCCUGUGUGUACAGUGUGUCAUGUUUAUUUCAGGACACCUCUGUUCAUUUUUUUACUUUUGUGGUGUGCAUAUGCCUUCACACUCAACAGAGUGAAUUUAACACUUACAAAAGUGUUGAAAUGUUAACAUUUAAAAAGUGUUUCUGUAACCCUAUACAGAGUAGAAAAUCAACACUGGCUGUGUGAAAUUCACAAUACGCUGGAGUGAACUAAUUAGUAAUUCACUCUACUCUGAAGUGAAAUAUAAAAUGCACUCACUCUACAGUGGAGUAAAAUGUAAUUAAACGGUGUGAUAUAUUUC